AUGGAUCUUCUGGAAGCCUUGAUGAAAGCACCUUCGAAACGCGACGGCAAAGUGCAGAAGAAGCCUGGCAAGCAUGCCGAGAAAUCCGCGUCAGUCGUCCGGAUGAUUCAGGCGGGACAUCACAUAUGGAAGGCCACCAAAGAUCCGGCGAGUAUACCGCAGGCACUGGCUGCUAUUCAGGAGGCUGUACCGAUUUUUCAGGUUAUGGCAAAGUCAGUUUGCGAUACUGCGAAAGUCGCAACAUCUUUCAGCAGCAUCGCCACAACUCUAGGCACGGUCGGGAAUUUGAUAAUAGCCUACCAAGGAGUCCAGGCAUUGAACUUGAUUGCAUCGAACCUCAAAGAUAUCAACAACACGCUGCAAGCCCAGACCGCUUUGAUGUCGAUUGAAAAGUUCCCACAGGCAGUCUAUGAUCUGGUUGAAGAAGCCUUACACAACUUCCCGGACACCGAUGAGGUCUCGAAUUGGUUCUUCGUCUAUCACCCAGACACAAUCUGGACUCCAGGAUUUCACCGGCUGAUCAUGAACCGCGGUCUACACCGCCGGUUCUGUGGACACUCCAAUCAACUGGAUGCCGCUGUCGUGUUCAUGCUUGCCGCUCGAGACUAUUCAGAGCGGGCUACUCGCCAUGGCAAUAAACUUGGGAAACAGCAUCGAAGGGUCAAACUUCACUUGCUAAUUCCCGCCUACCAGGCUGUUGUCAUUAAAGACCCUAUAAGGUUUCCAGAAGCUCUGGGUGACUUUACGAUUCACGGCAAAGUCCACAACAGCCGUCCUUUGGUGUGGAUCAACGUUCCUGAAGACCAACAAAGCCAUCUCGAUGGAGUUGGUAGGUGGCAGGCGCCGCAGAAGCAUUGGCUUGAGACCAUGUUCAUUCCGAUCGAGGUUCUCAAGGCACGUGAGCUAGGACGAUCUACCAACAGCGAAUGA